UGAUGGCGGUCGUCAGUGAUCCCCGAAGUGUCUAGGUCUUUCAAAGUGACAGAAUUAUCUUCUCACCGAUAAAGCUAAUAAUUGGAUAUGCCAGACAGAAACUUUUGAGCCUUUGCCUCAAUCAUGGCUUCAACUACUACCUCUAGGCCUUGUACUAAAUUGCGCACGUUUCAAAGCCAUGCGAAGAAUGUUUUAAACUUGGCGCGCGCUGGAACGUGUUGCUGUCACCAAAGUCACGAGAUUUAAAGAAAUGCAGGAAAUAUUUCCAAGCUCAAGUGCGUUUGUAUUCACCCCGUCUACUGAAUCAAAAACAACUGGCUACAAGUUAGCAACAUAUGCCACAUAAUGGCUUGAGAGGAAGAGGACACUGCAAAUGGAUUGAGUGGCUUUUAUUUUAUUGAAUAUACCAAUACGUGACAGCUAUCGAAAUUCGAUACGAUUACAUACCAUUGUAUUGGAUACAGCCACGCCAUUUUGUGUACCGACAGAGACACAUUCAAAAGAUUUUCCGGCGUUGACUGCCCAUAUCUAACGCUCUUCAAACAUCCUGUUUGUCUGUGGCUUCUAUCAUGCCUUCCAUAAGUCCUGUUCAUUCGCUAAGUCCAGAUCAUGACAAGGAAUCGAAAGAGGAAGAUGAUCAAACCACCGAAAUUUCCGGCCAUUUAAAAUCACGGUUCUCUCCCAGUUCGACGUUCAGCGAGAGACUAAAAGCCGCCCGGAAACUGAUCCCUUCGUACCCUGGUAAAGCAAAGCUAGUUCGAUCAGUGAGUGAGAGCAGCACUUUGGCGACGAAGACGGACGAAGAGAGAAUACAUAUUAGAGCAGAAAAUGAAAGUUGCGCAACGAGUCAAGAUUUUGGGACGUUUUUCCGGGAGCACGCCAUCAUGGUUGAAUACAAGUGUAUGGGAAGAAAUCCUCUCUCUGGAGUUUAUGUAAUACCAUCACUGAAGUCAUUACAAGUCUGGCAUGGAGUAAUAUUUGUCAGAGCUGGGCCUUACAGAGAUGGCAUCUUCAGGUUUAUAAUUAUUCUCCAAGAUGAUUUUCCUGAUAGUCGACCUCUUCUGAAAUUGACCACACCUAUGUUUCAUCCACAAGUUAAUCCAGUGAAUGGUGUCCUCAAUCUGGAUGAGUCAUUUCCUCAGUGGGAAAGGGGUAAAAACAGCAUAUGGCAAGUCCUAAAAUUUAUGAAAAGUUGCUUCUAUAGCAUAGACACCUGGGGUGCAACUAAUGAAGAAGCUGUUGAUCUAGUACAUAAUAGCUUUGAAGAGACUUGUUUGUUUUCUAAAGAAAGGUUAUGA